AUGGCGUCUCCCUGGCCUGUCCCGAUUUCUGGCCGCUGCGGCUGCGGUUCGCUCGAAUACCACCUCACCCGCGCACCGAUGUUCAUCCACUGCUGCAGCUGCCACCAAUGCCAACGCGAGUCCGGAUCAACAUUCACUCUGAACGCCAUGAUCGAAGCGAAAUACGUGGAAAUCACACCUGCCAGCCCAGAGCAAAUACCGAAACUUUGCUUGAUGCCGACCGAAAGUGGCAAAGGGCAAGUCAUCGCCCGUUGUCCGCGAUGUUACGUUGCGGUAUGGAGUCACUAUACCGGUACUGGCCCAUCGAUCGCGUUUGUGCGGACUGGAACGCUGGACAAAGUCAGCGCUGGAGGGGAUAGAAUUGAUGAGGUGUUGAAGCCGGGUGUCUUCAUCUUCACGGAAGGAAAGCAGCCUUGGUUACGGUUUGAUGAUGAGGUCGCGAAGUCAUUUGAGAGGUAUUAUAAGCGAGAUGAAGUAUGGCCGGUUGAGGAGAGGGAAAGAUAUGAGGCGACGAGGGAUGAGAAUCGGCAGUGGGAAGAGAGGGGCGCGAGGUGGGAGGAGCUUGGAGAGAUUUGUUGA